AUGCUUCCGAGUGUUAUCUUAAUCUCUGUGAUAAGGCAUCAGCUACAAGAUUGUUUCUUGACAAUGAUUACUGCCAAUGCACUUGCUGUCACUAUCAGUGGAUUAGGUAGGAUGUUGAAACCAAAGCUACCCAAAGGCUUGCCCAUUGCAGAACAAAGACUUGAUACAUCUUACAUUGACGUGCCUAUCAAAGAGAAGCACCAGUAUCGUUAUCAUCCUAGCAUUGUUUGGAAGAAUCCUCCUGGCGAAUCACAACAUGAACAAUUCUUAACCUGGUGGAGAAGCGGAUCAAGUCGGCAGUCAAGACAUGUUCCAAGUUGCCUUUGA